ACUAAAUCUGCCCUAAGGCCUUCACAAUCAGAAGUGCUGGCGCUGGAAGUAUAAAAUGAAUAGCAACAAGAUGGUUUCAUUAACCAAUCAGGUCAUGGCAUCAAACUGGCAUAUCAAGGCUUGUAUUGGCGAUUUGAGUGAUUUGAUUGGUUGGUCAGAGAACUCACAGCCUUUGAUCUACCGAACUUCACCCAGCAACUCCCGCGACUUGAAGAUGAACUUUUCUCUGCGUCCACCGAGAACAUUCUCAGCCUGAAGCGAGUUAAAACUUAUUCCAUAAAUACGAAAGGACAGGCUGGACAUUGGUCGUUAGCUUGGAAGGAGAAAGAAAAGUCAAACUAGUUGUUAGAACUGGAGCUCACGGAUAAUCUGUACAACAGCGUCACUGAACUCAUCUCAAGAGGAGGAGGGAUUUGGUGAACAACGAACCAGGAAAGUUGACGAUGCCUCUCUAGGCUCCGCUGCUCGUGGCGGCAGAUCACCGACGCUGCUUCGACAAGAACAUGCGCUUCUAACGCCGACUUUGCGGCUGUGGAUCAGUUGUGUUGUGGUGAAGACAGGAGCAGUGAUGGACCCACCGUGCUGUCCCACCACCAUCCACCGGCAGCACCUCCUUCUACACCUCCUGCUGGCUGCUCUGGCUCUCAGCUUCUACUCCUCACCUGCUCUGGCUGACGGAAAAUUCGGUUGUCUGUUUGAGGACGAGCUCUGUGCACAGUAUGAGUUCUGCAUCAAUGAUGGUGUGUUUGGAAGGUGCCUGGAGUUGGUUGGCGCUCACCUGUACACCUAUGAUAUUCCUCCGUCUGCUCUGGAACGCCUCAGGAUCCUCCUACAGAAGCUGGCUCACAAAGGUUUGACGUGGCAGGACGAUGUCACUCAGCAGGUUAUCUCCAGAGAGCUCUCCAGACUGAAGAAGACCUCCAGUCCCAGCCUGGCUGAGCGUCUGUCUGCCCUCAGCAGCAGCAGCAGCAGCAGCAGCAGCAGAGACAGGGAGGUGAAGCCUGCACAGAUAGAGCUAAGUAGAAACCUCCAGCAGUACCUGACAGGUCUGGACUUCCUGCCUCAGGCUGGGGCAGAUGGACAGCCAGAAGGAAACAGAGCUCAGAGUGAAGACGUCUGGUCCAGCUGGUCCAAACCCAAACAUGGCUGGAAGGAGACCACCGUCUACAGUCUUCACAGAGGAGACGGCUCACCUCCUCUCACCAAAGUCUUCACCCAGGGUGGGGAGGGCCCACACCCCAAACUCACCUCAUCCUACUCCAGCCAAGACCCCGUCAGAGGCAAGCUGCGGUCCAACCAUCUGGAGAGGCUUCUGGGCGGAGCUCCAGGGAUUCAUCAGGAAUCAGCAGGAGACCAGGCGUCCUGGCCCAGAGAGCAGCUCCAGUACCUGGGCUACUUUGGUCCUGGUCUGAGUGAACAAACGAAGCUGCCGUCCCAGGAGACCCUGAGCUCCAAAACCCAGAGGCCAAACCUCCACCAGCUUCUGUUGGAGGCUGGGCGCCACCCAGUGGCAGCCAAAGAACCUCUGAGUGUUGUGGAUGAACGAUUGAUCCAGAAGGUGGCGAAGCAGCUGGAUGGACACAGCAUCAACCUGGAGACUCUGAUGACCAACGACCUGGAUCAGCUGGCUGAGGUCAUCACUGGAGCUCUGCAGGAGGUGGACCAGGAGCGGCCGUUGGCUGGGGCCCAACCUGACUCCAUGGCCACCAUGAAGGGUGUGAACAGGGAGAUGCUGUCCGCCAUGACACUGGGUCAGAACCUGAACCAGAACCAGGGGUCCAGCCAAAAAGACUCAAUUCAGAUGGAACAGAAAGGAAAACAAACAGAUGGUGGAGACAAAGAGCCGCUGGACAAGAAUGCAGCUUUCUUUUCCAAACUCCUGGACUACCUCAACAUGGACUCUCUUCAUAACGACGGUGUCGGACCCCCGACUCCUCCUCAGGCCCAGGUGGGACUGGAGAGCAUCCAGAGUCAUACAUCUCAGGGCCAAGCUCCCGUGCACCAAGGCCUGGAGGAGGAGGAGGUGAAGGAAGGAACCAGGCUCAGAUUAACGGGGGGAGUAGAGCAGCCCCACACUGUGGUGGACUCUGAGGUGGACGGGUGGAUGCAGCAGAUCCACGACCAGAAGGGGCAGCAGCAGCAGCAGGAAGAACCAGAGAAGAAGAACGUGAAAGUGAAGACUCAGCUGGUCCAUAUAGGGGUGAAGGAGUUCUCCAGCAGGGGGCAGGACAGACACUUUGGCUACAUCAUCACUGGAUCAGAUUCCCUGACAUCAGACCAGGGUUUGGACCUGAUGGAGCGGCUCACACAGAAGCUGGACCUCCACGCCACCGACCUCACCCAGCUCUCUGUCCUCGGUCCGGCUUUGACCUUCAGAGUUGGACCCAACGCCAACAACUUGACCACAGCCGACCUGGUCCGGGUCGCAGUCCAAGAGAAGCAGCAGCUGGAGAAGGAGAGCGGCGUGAAGAUCGUGGAGGCCGGAGUCAGUGAUAGAGGCAGCCUCACCCAGAUCCCUGUGGUGAAGGAGACCCGGGUGGAGUCGGGCCAGUUCCUGCUGCUCUCCGUCCUCUGCAUGCUCUCGGUCCUGGUGGCGUUGGCGGUGUCCGUCACCUUUUUCUGCGUGCGUCAACGCUCACAUCUCCACAUGAAGGAGAAGCUGUCCAGCCUGGGGACCGACACCAGCACUGAGGCCACGGCAACCUAUCAGGAGUUGUGUCGCCAGAGGAUGGCGAUCAGGACAUCGGAGCGAGUGGAGCGUCCAGAGACCCUGCGCCACUCCAGGCUUAACAGCGUCUCCUCUCAGUUCAGCGACGGCCCAGCGGCGAGUCCGUCCACCCGCAGCAGCACGUCCUCCUGGUGUGAGGAGCCUGUGCCGUCCAACAUGGACAUCUCCACGGGUCACAUGAUACUGUCUUACAUGGAGGACCACUUGAAGAACAAGAACCGUCUGGAGCGGGAGUGGGAGGCUCUGUGCUCCUACCAGGCAGAGCCCAGCAUCUGCAGCGUGGGACAGGGCCAGCAGAACUCCAAGAGGAACCGGUCGGACACCGUGGUGGCCUAUGAUCAUUCCAGGAUCACCUUGAAAGCUGAGAACAACCACGGCAACUCAGAUUACAUCAACGCCAGUCCAAUCAUGGACCACGACCCCCGUAACCCCACGUACGUCGCCUCUCAGGGUCCACUUCCUUCUACAGUGCCUGACUUCUGGCAGAUGGUGUGGGAGAGCGGCUGCGUGGUCAUCGUCAUGCUGACCCCUCUUUCUGAGAACGGAGUGAAGCAGUGUCACCACUACUGGCCUGACGAGGGCGCUGACGUCUACCACAUAUAUGAGGUCAACCUGGUCUCUGAACACAUCUGGUGCGAGGACUUUCUGGUGCGAAGCUUCUACUUGAAGAAUCUACAGACUAACGAGACGCGCACUGUCACCCAGUUCCACUUCCUGUCUUGGAUGGACCGUGGGAUUCCCACCUCGGCCAGGACGCUGCUGGACUUCCGCAGAAAGGUUAACAAGUGCUACCGCGGUCGCUCCUGCCCAAUAAUUGUCCAUUGCAGUGAUGGAGCCGGCAGGAGUGGGACUUACAUCCUGAUUGACAUGGUCCUCAAUAGGAUGGCUAAAGGUGCUAAAGAGAUCGAUAUUGCUGCUACACUGGAGCACCUGAGAGACCAGAGAGCUGGAAUGGUCCAGACAAAGGAGCAGUUUGAGUUUGCACUGACAGCGGUGGCAGAAGAGGUGAAUGCCAUCCUGAAAGCCCUCCCUCAGUGAUGCCCCCCCACCGUUUUUCCGCUCCCUGACCAGAGUUUUCUCUGUGUAACAUGUGACUUCUCAACAGAAUGAGUUGUAGAAUAAAAAUACUUGUUGUAGUACUUAAACAUGACUUAAUUGUACAGAAAAAUCCCAUAAUUGUACUGGAUCACAGCAGAACUUCUGACCACACUACAACAAUAUAUAUACACACACACACACACACACACACACAUAGAUGUUAGUGUAUUGUUGUAUCUCAGACCCCCCCCCACAC